AUGGCGGACCCAAUGAGUGGCAACUACCAGAAUCUUCUGCUGAAAGGCGCAGACAAUGGGCGCCUCCAGGCUCAGAAGCAAGCGAGACCAGCCACCCCUGCUUCUGCGGUGAGGUUCCCCAACCCGAGACACGUCGAGCGACCUUCCUUUGUUCGAAGGCCCGGGCCGGCAGCGGGGCAGUCCAAGCCGAUCCCAACCCAGCAAGCAGCGGUGGUGCCUCCAGCAUGGGCUUCAAAGAAGAGCGCUACCAUGAUCAUCAAACCCAUACCCGCAACCGCCAGCCCAUGGGACAUCCGAGAAUUCUUCGAAAAGUUCGGUAAUGUCGUGUGGGUUGAACUUGACGGCGCAAGAGUCAGCCACCGGUCUGCCAAGAUUCGCUUUGAGCCUCCACCGACAGAUGUGAGCUUCUUCCAACAAGGGAAAUGCAAACUCAGCAUAGGCGGAUCCGUAUCAUGGGCUCUGAUCAAAUUCCCGAGACAGUCUGAUCAGGAACCAACCAUGACGACGCCGGGUGGGAACGCCUGCCCUACUUCGAUGGUCUUCGGUCCUGAUAGGCUUACCUUUGGCCUCCUCAUCCAACCGACGACCUUCAUGGCAAAGAAGGAGAUCCUGAAAUUGGAUGGUAAUCUUGAACUAAAGUUCACCGCCGAUUUCCGAAGGCAGAAGCUGACGGUUCACUUCCCCAUUUCUGUCUACGGUGAGCGGCAGUACUACCGCAUCGAGAUGAAGUUUGGAAUCAUCAAAAGCAUUUACCGGAUGGCCUCAGUUCUCGUCGUCCAUCUUGCAGAUCCUCCAUUGGCCCGAAAGAAACAAACCGGGAUGGAUGGGGCGGGCUGGGUAGAUCGUUUGGUCUGGGGAGAGGAUGAGCUCUGGUACCGAGCCGUCGACGUUGGGACCAACUCACAGAAUCCCCCAACCAAGCCCGUAUCUCUCGACGAGGACCCCGGGAUAAUCGACUUUGGCCGUUGGACGACCUAUUGGGUGGAUCUAGACAACAAAUCCGCCCAGGAACAAUGGUCGGUCAUCGAGGGCCAUCUCCGUGAUUGGAACAUCGCGACAAAGACAGAAGCCAUUUUCACACGGAUUCCAUCUACAAAACCAGAGCUCUGGGACUUGCUAGCCGAUCCGCAUUUUGACGUAUCGACAGCGGCGAGCCCCACCUGGGACAACGGCCUCAUUCUUCUCUCCGCCAUGACACACAUAUCUCUACCAUAUGAGGUUCGAUACCAACUAGAAGUUUGCAUCUCGCGCGGGAUCCUCAGCGAAUACAACAUAAGACGCGACUUUCUUGAAAAGCUCUUCGAGAUGUCGAAGCCAAGGGACCUCAAACCUAACCGUGCCCGUUUGGUCCUCGAGUAUGCCGCAGAUGAAGGCAAGCCGGUGUACAACCCCAUGGAGCUGUUUGAAGAUCGUGGCGCCAUGGCCUACUAUCCGACAACCCUCCAUAUUCCCGAUUAUUGCGCCCUGGUUCGAAAGGUGACCGUCACACCGACGCGGAUCUUUUUUAGCACACCGACAGUGGAGACGACCAACCGCGUCGUCCGCCGGUAUAAGGAUGUUCAAGACCACUUCAUCCGCGUCCAAUUUACAGACGAGCUGUUAGACGGGAGGAUUAGGGCCAGUGACGUCGACCGAGAUGAUGAGCUCUAUGCCCGGGUCUGCCGCGUCAUGACACAAGGCAUACGUAUGGGAAAAUGGCACUGGAAGUUCUUGGCCUUUGGCAACUCGCAAAUUCGGGAGAACGGCGCCUUUUUCUUCUGCGAACCGGAAGACGGCACUACCACUUGCCACUCCAUACGUGAAUGGAUGGGAAACUUUGACCACAUUUCUUCGGUCGCCAAACUUGCCGCUCGGCUCGGGCAGUGCUUCUCGACCACUCGCCUCUUGAACUGCAUCUCGGCUCCGCGGAUAGUCAAGAUUCCCGAUAUUGAGUCUAACGAUGGGUUUUGCUUCACCGAUGGUGUCGGGAAAAUAUCUUUCCCUCUGGCCAGUCUUGUGUCUGAGGCCUGGAAGAUCGAUACGCGUCCCUCAGCGUUCCAGUUCCGGAUGGGCGGCUGCAAGGGCGUUCUAGUGACCUGGCCUGACGCCAAAGGAACCGAAGUUCACGUCCGGCCGUCCCAAGAGAAGUUCUCGGCUGAGUACAAUGGCUUAGAGAUCAUCCGGUGCUCGCAAUUCUCCUGCCCGACCCUGAACCGGCAGACAAUCCUGAUCCUUUCGUGCCUGGGCGUUCCCGACGACGUCUUUAUCGACAUGAUGGCAGGGCAAAUUGCAAGCUACGACACUGCUAUGACGAACCAAGACAGGGCCAUUGAGUUGCUCAGCAAGUACGUGGAUGGGAACAUGACAACAACAACCAUCGCAACAAUGAUCUUAAACGGGUUUAUGCAUACGCGCGAGCCCUUCGUCCGAACCCUUCUCCAGCUCUGGCGCUCCUGGUCCAUCAAGGGCCUAAAAGAGAAGGCGAGGCUUGUCGUGGACCAGGGCGCCUUUUUGCUUGGUUGUGUGGACGAAACGGGGACUCUAAGAGGCCAUUCUCGGGCAACCGAGGGCCGAAAUGGCAUCACCCAAAAUGACCUCCCCCAAAUCUUCCUACAGGUGCCCGAUCGAAAGGAUCGAGGUGCGUACAAGGUCGUCACGGGCAUCUGCAUCGUCGGGCGUAAUCCAUCGCUCCACCCCGGCGACAUUCGGGUAGUAGAAGCGGUGGACGUACCUGAACUACGGCACCUCCGAGACGUCGUGGUAUUUCCGCUGAAGGGGGACAGGGAUGUCCCAAGCAUGUGUUCUGGCGGCGACCUAGAUGGCGACGACUUCUUUGUAAUUUGGGACCCCAAGCUCAUCCCCCCGGAGUGGAGUCAUCCUCCCAUGAACUAUACCGCGCCCGAGCCGCUGAACGAAUCCCAAGAGUCGAUUGUUAACAGCCUAGCCUUCUUUUUUGUUCUGUUCAUGAAGAACGACAGGUUGCCCCUGAUCGCCCAUGCCCACCUCGCCACGGCCGACUACGAGGUUACGGGUGCAAAGCAUUGGAAGUGCCUUCAGCUCGCUAGUCUACACUCGAUCGCGGUCGACUACGUCAAGACCGGGAUUCCCGCCCGAUGGAACAAGAAGCUUGACCCUCGCAAGUACCCCCAUUUCAUGGAGAAGGCCAAAGCCAAAUCCUAUCGAUCAACCAGUGUUCUGGGGAAGCUUUAUGACAUGAUCGACAAGGAAGUCUUUGACAAUAGGGAUAAUUACAAGUUGCCGUUUGACGACCGCAUCCUCAAGCGGUUUGAACUGGGCCACCCUCUGCUCAAGGAGGCCAGAAAGAUCAAAACCCAGUAUGACAUUUCCAUGCGCAGGAUUAUGGGCCAGCUUGAGAUCAGGACUGAAUUCGAGAUCUGGGCGGCAUUCGUCAUGUCCAAGCCGCGAGUUGGGACUGAUUACAAGGUCCAGGAGAAGGUCGGUCGCGAGUCGGCAGGCCUCAAGAAGCAGUUUCGCGACUUGUGUCUCAAAGUGGUGGAGGAGCAUGGCUUCAACAGACAGGAGUUUGUUGCUGCCAUGUACAAGGUUACGUGGGAGGAAACGCGGAUCGCGCUCCACGAAGCUCGUCAGCCGCAUGUGCUCCCAGAUGGGACAGUGGGCUUGCGGCGAGUCACCGCGCGCUCCAUGCCGUUAAUCAGCUUUCCUUGGCUGUUUCCAGAUGAUAUGGGCAAGAUUGCUCUCGGCACCGAGCGGCUUCCCAAUCUGAUGGAGCUCGGUAUCGUUCCGCCAUCUACAAACCCGAUGCCUAAGGGACCUAAUAUGGCGCAACUGGAGACCGAGCCCGACCUGGCGGGAAUGGACUACACUAAGACAAGCGAUGGCCAAUUCAUCCACCGCGGGGAGAUACUUCACCUAUUCCGUCAUAACGAUGAUGGCGAGGAUGGGUUCUACUACGACGAUGGCUCCGAUAGCCCCGAUCCUUCAGGUGAUUCUGCGUCUGACACGGCAUCGAAGCAAGAGCAAGAGGUGAAAAAGAUGGCAGAUGACUUCGCCACUCUUCUCGAUUCAGACGCCUCCUUGGAUGCCGAAUCGCCUAUCCAGGAGAACGCCGACAUCAUGCAGGUACUCUCAUCGCCGAAAUUGAGCGACCAUGCUGCAGAGUCGGCCCUCCUGGACCUCCUCUCUUCAGACAUGGACACAAACCUUGACUCCACUCCCUGUCUCACACCGGUCAGGAUUUACGCCCAGCAGCCAGAUACGGUGGCGACCACGGAAACCGUCCAAUCGAUCAACCGCAGCGUAGAGGAAGCAUCCGUCGCCGUUGCUACAGACCACAAGGAUAAGGACGGGGCCGCCCGCAACCCGGACGCGGCGUCGGUCGUCUCAGACUCCAAUACAAGCAGCUGGAACCGUGCCACCCCGCCGGUCUCAGAGCCGCCGGCGGAAUUGCCUGUCGAUUAUAUUCCUGUGUCGUCCCACCGAGCGCGCCGGGGCGGCCAGAGGCUGAACCAGGUUGAGCUUUGGGCGGAUGGCGCCGGCAGCGGCUUGGGCAAGGGCAUAGUUGGAGCGCCGGGCUAUGCGCUGAACGAGAGAGAGGCUGCGGCUGCUCUUCCGGCGUAUGUUGACCCGUUUGCUCCUGCCAAGGCGUUGGCGGUGGAGGAGGUGGUUGGUGGCGUGCCGGACGAGGAGGUGGAGUAUCAAGAGGAUGUCAUUGAGGUGGAGGCGGAGACGACGCUGGAGAAGGCCGCGCGGUUUGCUUGA